AUGAAAAUUGCGUCUAUAACCGACGAGCAUGCUCCGUGGAAGCAGCGUUAUCGCUUGCACAAAAGUCGAGGACGCCUCGCACGAUUCAAUCAUCAGCGCGGUUUGGUUAUAAGCAAUCGAACAGGUAUUUAUCAGUUAUAUGCAUGGAACGUGCCGGAUGGAAAACUACGUCAACUCACUCAACAUUCAUCCGGAAAAGGAAAAGGCGAAAUCUCGAGCGACGGACGUUAUAUAUAUUAUCUAAACGAUACUCAGGGCGAUGAAAUUGGUCAUUUUGUUCGUGUCGAUAUUGACACAGGCGAACAAGUAGAUUUGACCCCCGACGCCGAACCUUACUCAGUAUUAGGCAUUCAAACGGAUUGUAUCGGCAAAACAAUAUGCUAUUUAACCGCCGAUAAUGAGAAGGGCCUUCAAUUGUUUACACAGUCAGUGAUGACUACUACUAUUGAUAGGCCUAAUCUCAUCUAUCAGACGUCGAAUUACACAGUCAAUCCCGUCUUGUCUUAUAGUGGUGAACUAGUUGUCAUAGAAACAAUGGAUAUCAAAAAAGGUACUGGAAGCAAGCUGCUCGUGUUCGACACUGUAAAUGGUGGACAACAUAUCGGUACACUUGAUGAUGGUAUAGAUGUGAACGUCAUGCCAAAGCAAUUUGCACCAUUGCCCAAUGAUGCACGUCUUUUAGCAAAAAGUAAUCGUAAUGGAGUUAGCCGACCGUUAAUCUGGAAUGUGCGCACGAACGAACGAGUCGAUUUUGUACUUGACCAAUUGAGCAUUGAAGGCGAUGUUGAACCACUAGACUGGUCACACAACAGUAAUUUUAUUCUUUUGUUACAUAUUCACAAUGCGACCUUUCAGCUGUAUUGUUAUUGCGUUAUCGAUGAAAACUUGAAAAAACUCGCAGAACAUCCAUCAGGCACAAUAUUUGAUGCACAAUUCGGUCCCAAUGGGUCGAUCUUUGUUGAGUGGGAAAAUGCAGAUACGCCGCGACAAGUAAUCGCAUUGAAUGGUAAAAGCGGAGCACUCGAACUGGUCAUGCUUGGAUCAUUAAAGCACGAAGUCCCACAGAGUCAUCCGUGGCGUUCGAUCACAUUUCCAUCGUCCGAUGGGCAGCUUAUUCAAGGAUGGCUCAUUUUGCCUAACACUACUAGCAACGGGCCGUUUCCUACCAUUAUCGAAAUGCACGGUGGCCCUCUAGAUGUUACAAGCGAAAAGUUCGAUCCGGAGACUGAAGCAUGGCUCGACCAUGGCUUUGCACAUCUCUCGAUUAACUAUCGUGGUUCAAUGACAUUCGGACGUGCAUUUCAACAUAAGAUCUAUUCUGAUAUUGGACAUUGGGAAAUAGAAGAUGUGGUAGCUGCUCGUACGUGGCUUAUUGAACAGAGCAUUGCCCAGUCAAAUGCUAUUUUUCUCACUGGCUGGUCCUAUGGUGGUUAUCUCACACUCUUAGCUUUAGGCAAACGACCUAACCUGUGGGCUGGUGGAGUAGCUGGUAUUGCGAUCGCCGAUUGGACUAUGCUAUACGAAGAUUCUGCCGAAUCGCUCAGAGGUUAUGCAACGACAUUGUUUGGCGGUACACCCAGAGAAAAGCCCGAGUUAUAUGCAACGGCCUCACCUAUUACGUAUGUCGAACAGAUCAUCGCACCUGUGCUCAUCAUUCAAGCUAGUAACGAUACACGUUGCCCUGUGCGUCAAAUGAAACAUUAUGAAGCCAAAAUGUCUCAGUUCAAUAAGGACUUUAAAAUCGAGUGGUUUGAUGGAGGACAUGCCUUAAACAAUACGGAACAAUCGAUUUCGCAUGUAGAAAGGAUCUUAUACUGGGCACAUUGUGUGCUUGACAAGACAACGCAAAAGAAAAUUUAA